CAGCAUGAGCCAGGACCAGCCAGUCAAAAGCACCACGGGGACAGCCGGAUCCAUCCCUCCACGGGGUGUUUCCAGAGCUGACUGCUCCUGGCAGCUCUCCUGAGAGAGAUCAAAGAGGUGCUGAGCCCUUUUCGUUCCCAUUCAUCUGCAGGCUGGUGCAGAGCAUGUGCUGGAGCUGGCGAGUAAACAAACAUCAAAGCGACCUUACGAAACGCCGGAUGUUGUCAGCCAAAUUCAAUUUUGGAACGCGGGUGUACAGCCCCCCGGAGUGGAUCCGCUUCCACCGCUACCACGGCCACUCAGCCACCAUCUGGUCCCUGGGUGUCCUGCUCUACAACAUGGUGUGCGGGGAUGUCCCCUUUGAGCAGGACGAGGACAUCAUCCGGGGACAGCUCUUCUUCAGAAGGCGCAUCUCUCUCGAGUGCCAACACCUCAUCAAAUGGUGUUUGUCCAUGUGUAAGAAAUUGAUAAAUUAAAUAAAUUUUUAA